GAAAGAAGCAUGAGAAUGCGAUGAGUAACAACUAUCCUUCCUGAUGGGACGAGAUAGAAUGGAUGCCCCCCUCAAUUGACCUAUCAAAAGACGCAAACUAACUUUAUACCAAGACGGAGAUAGAUUGAAUUGGAUGGAAUUCGAAGAGUCAUAUGCUUGACGGGGUAUCGUAGAUAUUGCACUAAAAAGUAUUUUAAAUCUUUGAGUUUCCGGUUCCUUUUCUUUCCAUAUAUAUAUAUAUAUAUAUAUACACACACACACACACUCACGACAUAUCUACCUCCUCGAGCACGUACAUAUUGGAUAUAGAUUUCUCGUUGGCAUUCUUCAUUUGUCUUGCGCUUCUUCCACUUCUUACCUACCUACCUACGUACUUGUCUACAUACUUCAUCUCGUUCUAUCACAGCUGCUCUUCUCUUCUCCCCUCUUCUCUCCUCAACAAUCCUCACCAAAAUGUCCAACGAACUACCCACCAGCGCCACCAAUGGAAACGGAAACGGUCAUGGCAACAACAUCUCUUCGACCUUUGUCGUCAAGACCGGGUUGGCGCGUAUGUUAAAAGGAGGUGUGAUUAUGGAUGUAGUGAAUGCCGAACAAGCUCGAAUCGCAGAAGAAGCAGGCGCCGUCGCAGUCAUGGCGCUCGAGCGAGUCCCCGCCGAUAUUCGUGCUCAGGGUGGUGUAGCCCGCAUGUCCGACCCAAAGAUGAUUCGAGAGAUUAUGGAGACGGUGACGAUACCCGUUAUGGCCAAGGCGAGAAUCGGUCAUUUUGUUGAAUGUCAGAUCCUCCAAUCAAUCGGCGUAGACUACAUUGACGAAUCCGAAGUCCUCACCCCCGCCGACGCCCUCCACCACGUCGAAAAACACCCCUUCACCAUCCCCUUCGUCUGCGGGUGCCGCAACCUCGGCGAAGCUCUGCGCCGCAUCUCAGAAGGCGCCGCCAUGAUCCGCACCAAAGGCGAAGCCGGCACCGGCGACGUCAUCGAAGCCGUGCGUCACCAACGUCAAGUAACCGCCGAGAUCCGCGCCGCCUCGCUCAUGUCGGACGAGGAACUCCGCAUUCUCGCAAAGGAUAUCCAAGCUCCCUUUGAGCUGCUCAAAGAAACGGCAAAGUUGGGUCGUCUCCCCGUGGUCAAUUUCGCAGCUGGUGGCAUUGCUACCCCGGCCGAUGCUGCGCUCAUGAUGCAGUUGGGUUGUGACGGGGUUUUUGUCGGGAGUGGAAUUUUCAAGAGUGGAGAUGCGGCGAAGCGCGCGAGAGCUAUUGUGCAAGCGACGACGCAUUUUAAUGACGCGAAGGUUUUGGCCGAGGUGAGUGAGGAUUUGGGAGAGGCGAUGGUGGGGUUGAAUUGUGGGACUAUGGAUCCCAAGGAGAAGAUGCAGGGGAGGGGAUGGUAGAUGGUAGGUUGAUGGAUGGUUUGGUGAAUGGUGUAGGGUAGAUGAUGGGAAUUAAGAGUAAAAUGAUUAAAUGAAAGGGGAGGGAAGGAAAGGAAAGGAAAGGAAAGAAAAGGGAAGGAGGUGUGGUACGGUGCUUUGUUUAUGCAAAUAACUUCACUUCUAUGGAUACAAUAGGGGAAAAGACAAAAAGGUUAGGUUUUGGUAUACCAUCACAUCACAUAGCAUGCAUGGUAUGCAUAGAGGCGUGAAAGAUAGGUCUGUGUAUCUAGAGAUUCUCAACUCAUCUCACAAACAUAAAUCCAUAAAGCUCUGCAAUAUAAAGCAGCGAGCA